AUGCCUGGACCUGUCGUUGCAAAUGGCGCCACUCACACUCCCGACAUUGCAAUCGUAGGCGGCGGACCCGCAGGUCUGUCGCUUGCGGCAAUCUGCGAGAAGAACGGCAUCUCCUACAUCGUCUACGAGCGCGGCGCGAAAGAUGCCCCUCCUCGCGGUGGGUGCCUGGAUCUGCACCCCAACGGCGGCCAAAUCGCACUGAAGGACGCGGGCGACGAGAUCUACAAGAAGUGGAGGUCACUUGCUCGAGGAGGGGAGGCAUCCAAGCACAAAGUCUUCGACAUGCAGCUGAACCACGUCUUUGAUUUCUCCGAUGAGGGAGACUCGCCCGAGGCGGAGAGAUACGAUCUGCAACAGACGCUGAUGAUGGGCAUUCCGGACGGGAAAAUCCAUUUCCAUAAAAAGCUCGAGACUGCAGAGAGGGAUGGCGAGGGCAAGAUUGUGCUUAAAUUCUCCGAUGGAGAGAUCGCCACCGGAUUCAAGCUCGUCGUCGGAGCAGAUGGUCCAUUCUCCAAGAUACGGCCACUCCUCACGCCAAUGCCCGUGGAAUACUGGGGCCUCGUCUUCAUGACCGGCCACAUCCGGCAGUCCAAUCCAUUCUUUCCGACGCUCCACGCCAAAGCAAGCGAAGGACCCAUGAUAACAAUGGCACCGAAAACCAUGAUCUGGUGCCAGCGGCAAGGAACCGGCGACUAUCGCAUCGAGUGGGGAAUCCUGGCAGACCCGGAGAUCGGCAAGACCCUCCCACUGGACGACAACGACGCAAUGAUCGAAUUCCUCCUGCAAGACAAGUACUUCGGAAAACACCACCCUUUCAUUCACGACAUGUUGCGGAACAACGAUGGAGGUUUCCGAGACUGGCCUCUGUUGCAAGCACCGCCGGAGGCUCUGAACUGGGAGCCGCAUGACGACGUUACGUUGAUCGGAGAUGCCUGUCACGCCACGACACCCUUCAUUGGCGAGGGGGCCAAUCGCGCCAUGAAGGAUGCGGCCAUGCUGGCGCGCGCCGUGCGGAAGCAUGGAAUCAACAAGACCGCCAUCGCAGAGUACGAGGCCGAGAUGUUCCCCGCUGCAGCCGACAUGAUCAGAUGGAGCGACAAAUCCGGCCGACAGAUCUUCCAAGACGACAGUCCCAAGUCAUGGGUGCAGUUCAACGUAGAAGCUAGAGGAGGAGGAGGAGGAGGAGGGGAAGACAGUCGUCCGCAUGGAUGA